UUUUGAAAUGCUGAUAAGAAUGACAUAAACAUUGAAUUAAUCUUCAUAAAUUGUAUGUUAUUUGAAAAACUAAACCAUGACCAAUAAAACUGGAGAAAUAGAUCCUGUUCAAGAGGAAUUAGCUGGUCGUGUACGUGAAGUUGGAAAUCAUGCAAUUUGGAGUUUAUCCAGUUGCAAACCUGGUUUUGGUGUAGAUCAGUUACGCGAUGAUAUCACAGAAACUUAUUGGCAAUCGGAUGGGCAACUUCCACACCUGGUAAAUAUACAGUUCAAAAGGAAAACUACAAUACGCGACAUAUGUAUUUAUACAGAUUAUAAGCUAGAUGAAAGUUAUACCCCUAGUAGAAUAAGCAUCAGAGCUGGAACAAAUUUUAAUGAUCUCCAAGAGGUAGAAGUUAUGGAUUUGAAUGAACCAAGUGGUUGGGUUAUAAUUCCAAUAAAAGAUAUUAAUGAUAGACCUAUUAGAACAUUUAUGAUACAAAUAGCUGUAAUAAGCAAUCAUCAAAAUGGAAGAGAUACACACAUGAGACAGAUAAAAGUUCACAGCCCAACACAGGAUAUUCUUGGGCCACCAGCUUCUUAUAUUCCAGGCCAAUUUCUUACCAACGAAUUUUUGCGUUAUGCUACUGUUAGAUAAAAUGAGAUUUCAUGCUAUUCUUUUGUAUAUUACUAACUGUUACUUAAAUGUUAAUAAAAUAUUUAUUAGAAA